AUGUCCCUCCAAGUGAAUGAUCCCCGGUCGCGCUCGAAAUCCCCUGGUCGCCAUGAGCGUGACUCCCGCUCUCGAUCUCGAGACGGCCGAAUAGAUGUCUCAGAUCCACGACUAAGCAGCACCUUGAGCCCCUCGGUUGGAAGACCCCGUUCGCGAUCCCCCGCCGUAGUGGAGAUUGGCCGGUCCAGCAGCCCCAAUCGCAACACUUACGAUUCGGACGAUGAGGCUAAGAUCGAGCGACAAUACAGACUGAUUAAGGAGGCUCGGGCGCGUGAACGGGAGAGUAGACGAGAGGCAGAUGAUCGAGAUCCUCGGGCUAGUGUUACGAGAGUCCCUCGUAGCCCCGCACGGUACGAUGUACGCGAUAACGGUCGGGAUCGCGACCGCUACGAGGUUUCCGGGGAUGAGCGCGAUACGAAAGUUAUUCAGCCCCGUGAGUACAGUGCUAGUUCUUCACAGCAGCAGCUUCCACCAUCAUCACCAGGAGGUGCUAGUGGUAGUCGCAAUGGAUAUGGUCAUAGACGGAAUCAUAGUCGUCGGGACUCGAGUUCUAGCUCGGAUAGUUCUGUCGAUGAUGAUCUGGCCUAUGGCGAUACCCCUGGUAGCCAUCCUAGCUAUGGGAGACCGGAUCAGUUCCGUUACUCGGCGUCGAAGCUUUUCUCGUCGAAGCCCGCCCCCUCGUCGAAGCCGGCCCCUACUCCUGCGGCGCGACCGAGUAGUAGCCAGAUAGACUGGGCGUCUGUGCCGGAGUGUGAGCGACCGGGCUUUGUUCCGCCGACCUCGCAGGCUGGAGCUAUGCCAGGAGCGUUUCCCACAUCGACUUAUGCGGAUAUCCCAUCGACCAUGGCUCCAGUCCAGCCGACGCAGUAUCCAGCCUCAACAGGUGCAUACCCGGCAUCGACAGGUGCAUACCCGGCAUCGACAGGUGCAUAUGCGCCGUCACAUUAUCGGACUGCAUCUGCUAGUGAUGGAUACCAUGGUCCGCAGAAUGGCUAUGCAAACCCUGUGCCAUAUCAAUAUGCGCAAAUUGACCCAAACGUGAGGUACACGUCCAAGACGGGACCUAAGCCUGAUCCUUAUGUUAGGACGUCGCACUUGGAUCUUCACGCAAAGCAGCCGGAGCAGCCAGCCCAGCCUUAUAAGUACAGCUAUGAACCGAAGGUUGAGAAGCCGCCCCCAUCACCGAGAGUGCAGUCUCAACUGCAGCCGCAGCCGCAACAGUUUGUCGAGAUCACACCUGGUGGUGGACGGAAGACUCGGCCACACAGUCUGUCUGUCUCGUCUGCGAAUAACCUGGCUGUGACGGGUGGUGCCUCACUUGCAGGACAUCAUCCCCCUGCUAGCCCAUUGCUUGAACCGUAUCACGGAACCUACCAGUCGAUGUCGCCGAUGCCCUCCCCGAUUGUUAUUCCCUCUAUCCGCGACGACGAUAUCUCCGAUCUAGAGCCUUUGGAUGGAGAAACCUCUGGAUCAGACACCCGCCGACGAAAGACGCACAGCCGCACCAAGUCCUCGACCAGUGAAAGAGAUCGCGACCGAGAAAGUACCCCUCGAAGCAGCAAGGAAAAGCUUCGAAUCGAACGUGGCUCCGACCGGGAAGACAGACGACGCAGCCGUACACCCAUCGACCCCGCUCGCCAUGGAUCUACUUCCUCCCUCACAGCCGGCGACAGCUCCUAUGUCAUCAGAUCGCCCACAUCCGGUAGCAAGCGAGUAUCAUUCUACGACGCCGAAAGCGACGCCGCAGCGAUGCAAUCAGCCUUGAACCAUACCCGAAACAUCGAUAACAAGGCCAUCAUCAAGGUCCUACCCGGUCUAUCCAGCGACGAGAUCCUUCUACUACGUCAAGAAUACAAGAACCAAGUGAGAGUCCACGGAAAGGGAAUCAACCUCGCGAAACAUCUCCGCUUGAAACUGGGAACCUCAUCCUUUGCCAAGGUAGCUUAUGCUACAGCCUUGGGAAGAUGGGAGUCGGAAGCGUACUGGGCAAACUGCUACUACCAAGCCGGUACAUCUCGUCGCGAGCUCUUGAUCGAAUCUUUGAUCGGACGCUCGAAUGCCGCGAUCCGUGAGAUUAAGGCUAGUUUCCGGGACAGCCGAUACGAGAACAGUUUGGAGAAGUGCAUGCGUGCAGAGCUCAAAGCCGAUAAGUUUCGCGUUGCGGUCUUGUUAGCACUCGAGGAAAGACGACAAGAUGAUCGUGAGCCUCUGGAUCCUAGACUGAUCCGUCUAGAUCUGGAGGAUUUACAUCGGGCGCUUGUCUCUCGGGAAGGUGGUGAAACGGCAAUGAUCAAUAUUAUUGUUCUGAGAAGUGAUAAUCAUCUUCGCGAGGUUCUACGAGCGUACGAAAAGUACUAUGGACAGAAUUUCGCAAAGGCAAUGAUUGCAAAGUCUCGGAACUUGGUUGGCGAAACACUAGCCCACAUCCUUAACGGCGCCAUAAAUCGACCCAUGCGUGAUGCCCUCCUCCUUCAUCAAGCCCUCCGCGAAUCGAAAGCCGGACGUGAGCGGACCGAGUUGCUCAUCUCACGUCUUGUGCGCCUACACUGGGAGCCGAGACACUUCGAGCAGGUGAAGAUUGAUUAUAGAAGACGAUAUGGGGAGCGGAUUGAGGAGGCGAUUGCGGAGGAGAUUAUGACUUCGAAUAAUGGGGCAGAGCUGGGCGAGUUCUGUAUUGAACUGGUCCAUAGCUCUGCUUGA